UUCCGAAUGUCUGCUUUUUCUAAGAGCACACCACACUAGUAUAAUUCAUACUCAUUAUCUUUCUUACUUAGCUUCGAUUCUCCUCCUAACUAUCCCCCCUGUCUCUAAAAGCAAUUCCAUGGCAUCAAUCUAAAGAAUGAGAGAGAGUACAUAUAUUUUGAUCAUUCUAUAGAGAUACAAAAGAUACAAACACAGAGAAUUAAGUUAAAGAACCUUUUUUUGAGAAAGGGAAAGAGAAAUAAGGCUUUUUUCUUUUUCUUUUUUUUCCUUUUCUUGCUAGUGAUCAUGGAAGGAGGUGAUGAUCAUCUCCACCGCGGCCGGCACAACUUUCCAUUCCAAUUGUUUGAGAAGAAAGAAGAUGAAGCCAGCUCCUCCACCUCAAAUUAUCCAUCUCUAGCCAUCUCCGACGCAGCAGCCGAUACAUUAAACCCUAGCGUUACUACUCCACCACCAACAGCUUCCUCAAGCCACCACGUCUCCAACGAGACAUCGAAGAAGCCGCCACCCAAGCGUACCACAACAAAAGAUCGGCAUACCAAGGUCGAUGGACGUGGACGACGAAUCCGAAUGCCUGCACUUUGUGCUGCUAGGGUUUUUCAGCUCACAAGAGAACUCGGCCAUAAGUCCGAUGGCGAAACCAUUGAAUGGCUGCUUCAACAAGCUGAGCCGGCUGUCAUUGCCGUCACUGGCACCGGUACAAUCCCGGCUAACUUCACUUCACUUAAUAUAAGUUUACGAAGCUCAGGUUCAAGCAUAUCAGUGCCAUCUCAAUUAAGAUCUACGUACUUCGAUUCGAAUUUCUUGACGACACAACGCCGAGGACUUUUACCAAGCAUCGGAUUAUCAUCAGAGAAUCCCCCAACGACGAUGUUGAACUUUCAGUCGACAAGCCUUAACCCUAAUUUGUUGCAGGCUAAGCCGGAGUUUCGAGAGAAUACACUAGAGUUAAUGGAAACUGAGGAAAGUACAGGGCGAAAGCGUAGGCUGGAGCAAGAAUUACAGCAAUCUCAGAAUCAAAUAGGAAAUUAUUUUCUGCAGUCGAGUACCGGCUCGAUUCCGGCAAACCAUGCUUCAAUUCCGGCUAAUUUUCGGCAGCCGAUGGCCGGUUCAAAUAACCAAGUCAUGAAUGGUGAUCCCAUUUGGACAUUUCCUUCAAUUAGUAACAGUUCUGCUGCUGCAUUGUAUAGAGGUACUAUGUCUAGUGGGCUACAUUUUAUGAAUUUUCCCACUCCCGUUGCACUAUGGCCUAGUCAACAAUUAGGUUCGAGUACUGGCGGUGGCAGAGGUGGCCCGAUGGAAGGGCAACUUGGCAUGCUUACUGGGCCAAAUCAGUAUCGGAUAGGCAACAAUCCCGAUGAAUCUGAAUCUCACGUGAGUGAGUCUCAAUAAUAUUGAAUAUAUAAAUGAAUUCACGCUAAAAACUCAUUUUUUUAGAAAAGAUGGUCAAAAUAAAGAGCUAUCGGAAAUGGUCAUCAUUUUCACCCCAUUUGUGUAGUUUGAUGUAAUUUAACAACACAUAUCUUGAGGGAAGAUUUAAGUUUUGCUUUGUUUUCUUUAA